AUGGCCUCUGCUGGAGUGGCUGCCGGGCGUCAGGCGGAGGAUGCGUUGCCCCCUCCAGUCGAACCAUCACUACCAGAAAUAAAACCACUGCCGCUUCCCCCGCCACCGACCCCGGUCUGUGGGCUUUCACAACAGCAGUCGCUGGUUCCAAGGCCGCAGUCACCCGCUUCCGUGAAAGAGGAGGAGAACUUUUCCUUUUUACCUUUGGUUCACAACAUCAUCAAAUGCAUGGACAAGGACAGCCCUGAUGUUCACCAGGACCUGAACACCCUAAAGACCAAGUUCCAAGAGGUGCGGAAGGUUGUCAGCACCAUGCCUGGCAUCCACUUGAGUCCUGAGCAGCAGCAGCAGCAGCUGCACAACCUCCAAGAGCAAGUCAGGACCAAGAAUGAACUGCUACAGAAGUAUAAGAGCCUCUGCAUGUUUGAAAUCCCCAAGGAGUAG